AUGUAUGGUGACUUGGCGAAUAAACUUAUACUGGAGGCUAAGAGAACACAGCAGCUGAACCAACGGCGAGUUAAUGAGGAUUUACAGAGCGGUGGUGGUGUGAACUUAUUGAGCAGGCUGCCUAUAUAUCAUGACGAGUUAGUGCGAAAUAUAUUGAAUGAAGUUGACCAGCUUCGAAGGAACGCUGAGUUCUUGAGAAACAAUGGCAACGCAGAGGAGUUUGCUCAUCUGGAUGAGAAGAUUGUGAAGUGCCAGUACUUCGUCACAUUGCUGUGUAUGGAGAGGAAUAAAAGAUGCCUUUUGGCGUACCAAAAAUUGCGGACAGAUAUUCUGGAUAAUAUAGCCUGGUGCAAUAACGGUACAGGUAUAGAGCUUUACUCAGGAUCCAAUGAAGACGAGACGAAUUCUCUUUCGCACUAUGAACAAGAGUACUUGAAGGAGUAUGGUGAGUUGAUUACAGAACUAAAGAGUGAGAGUAUGGCCGAUAUUGAUUUGUCAGGCAGUUUGGAACCACCUAGCGAUGUAUUUAUAGAUGUGCGUGUGUUGAAAGACGCAGGUGAGAUACAAACGGAAUACGGUGUGUUCAACCUGAUCAAGGACUCACAAUUCUUUGUACGCCAGUCAGAUGUUGAGAGACUUAUCCAACAAGGGUAUCUUCAAAAGAUUUAA